GCCGUUCCUGCCAAGCCUUCCAGGCUUUUCACUGAAGACUAAUACUGCCUUGAGGCUGGCUGGGCCAUCACCGAACAAUGUCAGAACCAGCCUACCCUCGACAAGGAAACAGCAACGGACGUAUCAUCGACGAGGAGCAUGCUUUGUCCAGGCGAAAUUCUUCAUCUAGUAGCAGCUCAAGUUCUUCAUCUUCCUCAUCUUCUAGCUCAGACUCAUCCGACAUCUAUGGAAUGCGAAACUUUCAUCUGUUUCCCCGCAAAGAAAGUCUUGUGCACUUUAAAGAUCGUUUCUUGAGGAAAGGGAAGAGGAAAAUUGGAGUAAUGGAAAGUUUUAGAGCCAUCGCAUUGUCAUCAUGGGUUAACUCUUUCAUCGUUUUUAUUCCUUUGGCAUGGGUAGCCCACUUUGGAAAUACUCACGAUGAGCACGAGAACGGAGAUGCACAACGCGUAUGGCCGUACGGAGUCACAUUCACCUUCUGCUUUCUCGCCAUUGUGCCGCUGGAAAGACUGUUUGAAUACGGAGGAGAACAGAUGUCUUUCUAUUGUGGAUCGGACCUGGGAGAUUUAAUCAUCAUCUCUCUGAAUAAUGCAGUAGAAGCAACCUUGGCCAUAUUAUUGAUGACAAAAUGCGAGCUGAAGCUCCUCCAGUCGACUAUCAUUGGUGUCAUCGUUCUUCAUCUUCUCUUGAUACCUGGCACUUCUUUCAUCACGGGCGGCGCGCGCGUAAUGGAGCAGGACCUUCAUCCUCACGUCACGCAGCUCAAUCAUACAUUACUAGCCAUUGGUGUGCUAGCACUUCUUCUCCCCACAGCGUUCUUUGCGUCAAUUGAGGGUGUGGACUCGACGAACGUCGUCAAUGAUGAAACGCGCCAUGCAUUCCUCCAAAUGAGCCGCGGUCUGGCGGUUAUUCUCCUCCUUGUGUACAUUUGCUCUCGCAUAUUUUUGCACAAUCCACCCGGUGCCAAUAAUGCAAUGAGGUUGCAUCCGAAUGCUCCCAAGGAGAUGGAAGAAAGGGAGGAAGAACUAGUAGAGGAGGAGCCUGAGGUCAGUCAAUGGGUCUGUAUCAUCAUGCUGAUCAUCACUAUCGGUCUGAUGGCCGCCACUGCCGAGUGGCUGGUUGAUAGUAUUGAAUUUGUGAGAGAAGAAUCUAACAUUGAACAAGAGUGGUUCGGUCUUAUUCUCCUUCCGAUUGUAUCCUUCUCUGCGGACGGCGCUGUCGCAAUGAUGUUCUUUGUUCGAUACCUUUGCCGGCACUACUUCGGGAAACCUACACCCCCAAACACAGUAGCCAAAGCUCGAGCCAUCGACCUGUCCAUCCAGUUCAUUCUGUUCUGGAUGCCAUUCAUCGUUCUUCUGGCAUGGUGGACGGGCAGGCCUUUCUCCCUUCUGUUCGAUACAUUUGAGGUCGCAUUGACGAUUGCGGCCUGUUUCUUGGUGAAUUAUGUGACCGCAGAUGCCAAGACAAACUGGGCUGAAGGAUUUGCCAUGGUAUCGUUUUAUGUGAUGAUAUCAUUGGUAUCGUGGUUCUACACUGGACAACCUGAAAUUCGCAACCUCCUGGCUUGUACGAGUGUAGCUGACGCUGUUGCCGGUGGUGGCGCCGAAUGAUGAAACGACAUAUCACCGUUUGACCUUCUAUAUGAUUCAAUGUUCUCCUGUGCUCCUGCAAGAAUGGUAUUAGCUGAAACUAAGAUACAAAGCGCACAACUGUCAACAAGCACAAAGCAAUAACCAAAUUCUAGUGUAGGACUAGUUCCACCGGCUAUUAGUGAUUGAAGAGGAAGGCGACAGGUAAGCAGACGUACAGUAUUUGCCACACCCCAAAUUAC